UUAGUUUUGUUGGUAAAAUGUUAUUUUAUUUCUAGUCAAAAUCAAAUGAUUUUAUUAGUUAGAAAAUACACGUUUCUUUUCCUUUCGUUUGUUCUCCCGCUGAGAAAGGUGACUUCCUGUAUAAAUAAAUAACAUGGAUAAAUAAGGGCCUUCUGCAAACAACGGAAAGUGACGGAAUUGUCGGUCUCGUCCAAUCAGAGGAGAGUCCUUGUGUGCUGUGAUCGGAGCGCACGAGCUUUUGGAGCGGUGCGGUCUCGAGCUGGUCUUCCUCUUCCACCAACCGCCGCCGCAGCAGUUCAGUGUGUUGGUCUGCAUGUGAGCAGCAGUGAUGAGCAGCAGAAGCCGCAGGUCCUGUACAAAGAGUCACUCCAGCUGUUUGGGACGAAAAGGGCUGGAUGGACGAUUUUCCAGACUGACUCUACAGAAGCCUGGAUGGACAAAAGAGGAGGAUGAGAAGCUGCUCAGAUUGGUGAAAGAGUUUGGAUCAAACAGCUGGUCUUCAGUUUCUCCCCAUUUUAAAGGUCAGAGGUCACAGGCGGAGUGUCAGCGGAGGUGGCAGCAGAUAAAGAACCCAGAGCUGGUCAAAGGUCCCUGGACUCAGGAGGAGGAUGAGCGGGUGAUCGAUCUUGUCCAGAAGUACGGAGUGAAGCGCUGGUCGCUUAUUGCCAAACACCUGCACAGUCGUAAUGGGAAGCAGUGCCGCGAGCGCUGGCACAACCACCUGAACCCGACAGUGAAGAAGAGCAGCUGGACGCUGGACGAGGACCGCAUCAUCUGUCAGGCCCACAGACUGCUGGGAAACCGCUGGGCCGAAAUCUCCAAACUACUGCCCGGCAGGACUGAUAACUCCAUCAAAAACCACUGGAACUCCACCCUGAAGAGGAAGGUGGAGAAGGAGGGAUACCUGCAUGUCUUACACCUCCACAACUUCUCCAUCACCUCCUCUGACUCCUCCAACUGCUCCUCUUUCUCCAGCAGACGAGCAUCCAGCACAGCCAAGCAGGCCGACAGUCUGUCCACCCUGAAGGACGAAUCCAGCUGCACCUCCAUCGAUCAGAGCAUGCGUGGACACCAUAGCAACCACGCCCACCUGUCCGUCUGUGUCGCCGCCUCCUCCUCAGGUUACAGCUCCGCUCUGAGCAUGUGCGAGCUGAAAACCAGUAACCCAGAGACCUGGAGCCAGUGUCUACAGGAAGGGGCCUCAUCGCUGUCCACCCGCCUGUACAGAGACGCCUCCGAUCCAACAGUCAUCGAUCUGAGCAGGACUUACGUGACAAGUCUGAAGGAUCAGCUGGGGAACACUGAACAUGGAGCCUCCUUCAUGGACUCCACCUCCUGCUGGAGCAGAAGGAGCCUGCAGGGAGCUCUGAGCUUCUCCCCCUCUGAGUUCUUCAGUGUGUGUGGUGCUGAUGAUUUGAAGUUGCAGGGUCCAGUUCUCACCUCCACCCCCAUCUGUUCCCUCAAACACUCCACCAACACCACCCACGAAGACUCCUGUAUGCACUGCCGUCACAGACACUCCACCCAGACAUCCACGGAGAUCAGAGAGCUGCUAAUGUCAGCUCCUCCAACACCGACGCCGCUGAAGAUCAGCAGGCAGGACGAGGUGUCAGUUUGUCCGAGCAGGAUGAUGAACCUGCCGUGGGAGGAGCACAGUGCUGAGGCCUACAGCCAGCUGUCGAGCAGCAGCUCUGAGGUUCAGGGAGAGAGUCUGCUGAGCCCCAUCCUGCAGGUCCACACAGAGUCCAGCUCUGUCUCACAGGUCCGCACAGAGACCAGCUCUGUCUUACGGGAUCAGGGGGAGUCCAUCUCCUCCAUGCAGCAGCAGGUCCAGCAGACAGAGUCCACCUCUGCGCCAGGCUGUGAUGACUUUGGCUGCUUCCUGUUGGAGGGACAGAUGGAGGUGUGGUGGUCCCAGCAGACUGUGGGUUACCUGCACUCUCCAGAAUGUCCUGCGUACAGACUGAACCCCCUCGAGGUGAGGACGGAGGUCUGUGUGGCUCCGGAUCAAACAUGACCACCAUCAGCAUGUGCAGGUCUGACUGCACUGUUUCUGUGACGGUUGUGUUGGCAGCUGAGCGGUGACCUGCAGGUGGUGAUGUUUGGGAAAACAGACGAUCAGCUGAGUCUGACGGAGCAGGCCCGGCUCUACAUGGAGGCCUGAUCCCCGUCUGGCACCGGCCCGUGAGUCCGCCGCCACACUCCUGCCCUGAUGUGAGUGCAUAAGAGUCUGAAUGAGCUUUGCUGAACACCCUGAGGAUCGGUUCAGGUGGUUUUCCAGGGGUCCAUUCCACAUCAGGUCGCAGCCCAAACCAGAGUUACUUUGACUGGUGUUGAGUUGUGACAGCCAGAUGAGGUCCUGGUGGUCGUGUUGAGUUUGAGUUCACAUCGCGGCUCCAAAAAGCUGAUGUGAUGUGCUUUUCAGAGAAACUUACUUCCUUCACCGUCAUCAUCGGCAGCAGUUUUUAUGUGAGAGAAAUCAGCUCCUUUCAUUAUUCUUAUUAUUGUUAUUAGAAACUGAUUAUUACCAGCCUGCUGAGUCAUCCUGUGAAUCAUGAGUCAGCAUUUUAUUUGUAUUUUAGUCUGCGUACCUUCACUGCACUGAGUCGGUUUAUAAAACUGAUGUUUUAUUUAUUUACUUAGCAGUUAACAGGAAACUUCAGCCGUUUUAUCAUUUGAUUUUAUUGUACUUUUAUUAAAACUGCCUUUUAACAAAAGCAAUUUUUUUAGAAUUUUAAACCAUCUUUUUAAUGUGUUAUUUCUCAUAGUUUUCCUGAGGAUGUCAGAGCUGCUUUGUAGAUUUAAUAUACUUUUAAUUUCUACAUAAAUUCUAGAUUUUGGAUUAUACCGUCUUUAAGCAUUGAUGUACACGCUGACUUAUUUAUGUGUUUAUUUCUUGAAAUGGGGCUACUCGAUAUUUAAAAUGCUCAAAUCUUUUUUUGUUUUUUACACUUUAUAUUUCAAGCUAACUUUUGCACUUUUGGCACUUUGGCUUUUUGAAUGUUAUUUUAUUUUUUUCAACAAGAAAAAUAAGCCUUAAAUUUCAGAACAGAAUUGAACUGAACUGAAUUUAUGUAGUGACUGAAUAUUCAUUUAAAUUGGUUGUUGUAAUUAGAAUGAAAACAUAAUUAGAGAGAAUGAAUUCAGUCAACAUUUUUUCAUUUAUUUAACUCACACACACGAACAUCUGAGCAGGAUUUUAUUUGUCAGUCUGUUGGAUUUUCUGCUGUCACACGUGAUGUGCAAUUAAGUCCACUGAGUGAACGUGACUGUUUUUGAUUUGCUGAUGAAUGUUAAUAAAAAAUGCUCUGGACUGUUA